AGCUGUUUGAUACUUGUGAUUUGUAGCACUCGGUGACCCCCAAAAUCCAGCCAGGCGUCCGACGAACGGCCAUUUGCUUUCCCCCGGCUCCGAUUUGCUGCGCGAGUCUCGUAUUUGCCCAACGUGAAUGGAUGAAUCCUUUUAUCGACGGUAUCUAUCCCGCCGGCGCUUCCACCCCCUGUAGGGGUUACGGUACACACGGUGGCCUCCUCGAGUAUCUGAUACCUGCACAAAGUACGAGGAGCGACUCGGAUCUAUUAAACCUUGCUGUGCGGUCGGCCCAAUCUUCAGCCAGCCGGAUGAUUCUUCCUAAGGAUGAGCGAGUCCGGACGCAUCAGGUUUGCUGCAUGCGGAGUGCAGCAGCUGUAGGUGAUAUUUGGAAGGGUACCUGUACAAACCCACAAGGACAAUGUACAAUGGUACCGAACUCUAUACCUGUCCUCCGUACGGAAGGAUUCAAGAUCAGCUCAGCUAAGACAGUCUCUGUCCCAGCAACGGAAUGUCUCAAAAGCCAAAGGCCAAAGGAUCCCCCGAGCAUUCUAUUUUGUUUUGACGAGAUUUCGCCGAGCCGAAAUGGUCGACCACCAGGAUGCGACCGGGAAGAUUCCCUGUCGCCGGGGACUCCAGACCAUCAACGUCACAGUGCAGCCGGCAAGACGGCAUAAUUCCAGCCAAUAUGAUAGUUCGAAAGUUAGUCCGAUGCCUUGGACAUGGUUAGUCGGUUUCCAUGGGUGAUUGCUUAUCGCAAUCGAGCGAUAUACUUUGGCCCCGGUCGCGAUAGAUCUCCCGCCGUGUAUAGAUCUAUCAACCGGGCGAUGUGUGUGACUGUGACCUGCCGUUGGACAGGUACUAUCUCGAAACUCCCCCAGUGAACCCUAGUUGGACAGA